AUGACAGCAAGAAUGAGGCGUAGAAUAACCACAGCAAAGAGAGAAGAGAUUGAAGCAGAACAGAAGAUAUUGGAUAAUACCAUUGUGAGGCCUUUUACGACCCUAGAAGACUUGCCUAUUUCAUAUAAUGAGCCACCCAAUGGCCAUUACGAAGACAUACUCAAAAACCCUUUAACCAUUAAAGACUCUGCCGUACUAUAUAACUCUCUCAUUAGAUCAAGAAGUACCUACAUUUAUCAUGCGCCAAUGUUCAAACUCCAUUGGGUUAAACAAACAGCGUACGCAAAGAAGUUGGCCGAAAUGGAUAAAGAAAAACAAAAAGAAAUCUUAAGAGACCGUGAAAAUAAGCGGAGAACACCCGUCUUGAGCCCAGAAGUGAAUGCCCGAGAUGUAAUGUCGAAGUUAUGCGAGUCAUCCAUCACCUUGGGCCCACAUACAAUGGAUAUUCGAAUUUUCAUAGCAAAAGAUUCACGGUCAGAAAAAUCAAGAGCUAUAUCUGAGCUUUCAAAGGUCGAGGGCACAAGUCAAGGGAAAAAGGAGAAUGUUGUUUCUGAUGUAGACGCGGGGAAAUGUCUGUUGAAUGACGUAUCAAGUAAAGUGGAAGAUGCGUCUGUAAAACAGCCAACUUCUGACAGCGCGUCUCUGAAAACUGAGACAGGUGAAAUAUCAAAACAAGAUAACACCAAAUGUUCAGGUCAUAUUGACACUGCUGGGAAUCUCACGACUGCCGAGGUUGAAUCACAAAAGUCGAAUGAUUCUUGUCAGUCAAAUCCUGAAACUGGCUUUUCGCUGAGUAAAGAAUAUGCAAAUACAGAGCACGAACUGAAAUCCAAAACCCCUGAGGGUAGCACAGCUCAUACAGAUCCACACGAGACUAGACAGGAAGUCAUUGAAAUCCCAAAGGAUCAGAAUAGUGCUUCCUUUUCUUCUGUGGCACCGAACGGCACAAAACAGCAGCUCACGACUGAUAAUGAAGCGCGCAGUUCUAGCUCAAAUAAUGUGUCGACCGCCCCGGACUCGCAUAAUGCCGCCAUUCACACGUCAGCUCCUAAAAAUUCGACAUCAAUGAGUUCUGUGAAACCAUCCAUGUCACACGCAUCUCCUUCAGUACCUACGGCUCCUUCUAAAACCGGCCCGACACCUGUUGCUCGUCCCUCACCCACAAAUCUCCAGUCUAUUGAUAACACAAUAAUGAUAUCGAAUCUCAAUGCCAUAGCAAAGAUUGACCUUUCUCUAAAUGAUCUCAUGAAAGAGGUAGCUCUGGGGAAAGCUUCGGAGGUGCAAAUAUCGCGCUUCAAAAGAUAUAUUGAAAGAGCGAAACAAAUGGGGCCACAACCACAUCACGCUGAGCUUUAUUUUAAUCGCGGUCUCUCUCUUCCACCAGAUUUUCCACGUCCAUACCAAACACGCCCAAUGGUUGAAAAAAAGGCGCCACCUAAACAAAAGGUGUUCAACCCCAUGAAGCUCACAGCAUUUCAGGAAAAGUAUCUUAACAAUGCAACAUUGGUGUUUGAAUUUCUAGAAAACCCCAAUGUGCGUUACAUUAUACCGCAAGAAUCGAUCUGUGAAGUACUUAAACCCGAGUUCCCAAUACCCAAAGAUGCAGAGGUAGGAACAGAAUAUAACGAUAUUUUAAUCAGCCACAUGUGGAUACACAACAUAGAUGAAAUGGAGAACUACGAGAUUGAAUGUGCAAACUACAAAGCAGAGGUUGAAAGACAAAAACAAGAGGAAGAGCACGAUCAGAAAGGGAGCUUAGAAGAUGAUAGCGCCAAGGUGGAAGUCUCCAUUGAUGGAGAGAAGCACUUAAGACCCGAAGCUAGAAGCUUGCGAACAAAGAAAAAGACAGUUGCUUCGAAGAAGAAAAAAUCACUUUCUCAACCGGUGCCUCCUCACCUCAAAUACACCACAUUCUCGUUCACAAUCCAUAACAUUCCAUCAAGGUUCGUUCCCAUUUUCAAAAACAGCAUGAAACCCUCAAAAGAAGUGCACAAGCGCAUGGAAAAUAUUCUCAAGACUGGUACAAGAAUAACGAGUUUUUAUCUUUGGUAUCAAGUUGAUGCGAGAUUAGACGAAGCUUUUGCUGAAAAUCUCAGGAAUAUAGCGGUGGCGGAAGAAAAGAAGAUGACUGGGUUUCUU